CUGAAGUUUCGGAAUACGUUUGUUGUUUCCCUUCGGCGGGGAUUACAAAUGAAAACAAACAAGAAGCAGCUUGUAUUCUGUUUAAAACACAGUCAUACGCAUUGUUUGUUACUGCAGUCAUUGCAAAUGUAGCCGAGCUCACAUUUCAAGAUGAGUAAAAAAGGAAGAUCAUUUGAUGACCAGUUUGAGGAGUUUCUGAAAGAGUCACUUUCCUCGGAGGACUCUGUAAAUUCAGCUCUUAUCAACAAGUACCUGGAGCCAUCAAAGAAAGAAACAAGACCUUGGUGGGAUAAUGAUACUGGAGAUGACGACGACAAUGAUGACAGAAAUAAGACAAGUGGGAAAAACUUUCUGAAAAAAUCUGGAGAUAAAUUUAAGAAGACAGAAGUGACGCAAGCUCCGAAAGUAAAAACUAAGAAAGAGACCAAGCCAAGAGGAAAGGCAGAGGCAUCGCUUAGCAAAGAUUCUUUAGAUGAUAUAUCGGAAAAAUCGGACGAAGACAUACAUGGGGACUUUCGCAGACCGCAGGUUCAUCUUCCAUCGGACAGCCAUGAUAGCAUAGAUACAGCUGAACUUCUCAAUGACAAGAGUUCUCCGGCCAGAAUUGGGAUGGAUACAUUGGAUGAACUAAGAGACAAGGAACAGUUCUACAGAGAUAUAGAGAACAAUGCAAACGGAAGUGUGGACUAUGGCAGGCUGAACCAGGACCUGAGCGCAACCGGUCACACCAUGACACCCGAGGGUCACGCCCGCAAUGCUGCCACCCUCGCCGCGCUGAGGGACAUUGAGGAUGAGGAGGAGGAACAUGACAGACCUGGUACCCAGCUCCAUAGUGACAAGGAGCAUUCAGAACAGAAGCCCAGUAUGCUGUCCAAAGUAUCAUUGCUGGACUCGCUGGAGUCUACGAUGAACACGACAACUUCCCCGCAGGUUGGGCGGGGUACACUCAGGGACGCCCAAGACAUGCUGGAGGAGAGAGAGGAGGAUGAGUGGGAUGGGUAUGGGGCGGGGAGAAACAGGAAUAACAACAGUGGGCCAGAGACACUGAAAACUGCUACAGGAUUUAUAGGCACAAACACCAGCCAGGAAAUAGAAGCCCUACACAAGGCCCUUGAGAAGGUGGGGCUCUCCGCUACCCUUGGCAACGACAGUCAGCUGCUGGACCUCUCCUCGCAGACUGCGGACCGAGAGAGGGAGGAUCUUGUGAGGAAACUGCUCAGCACACCCGCAGGCAAGCAGCGUAACAUUUCUGAGAUCAUGAAAGAACUGGAGGACUAUGAGACCAAACUGGAUAAGAAAUCUCAGCCUGGUCAUGAAGCAGCAGCAGACAUGGAAGAGUUACGAGGCUUCGAUCUCUCGCCAGCCCAUCCGUCAAUGCUGGAACAGGAAGUCUCACAAAGUCACAGAUCCCAGCGUGGGGACAGUUCCUACCGAGGGUUUGACACGUCUCACACUGAGGACACUGAGAUGUACAGACCAGUCAUUGAAGUGUCUGUAAAAGAAAGGGGACGUGGAAAGAAAAAGACAGAGAAGAAGGUAAAAGAUGACGAAGCAAAGAAAACAAGGAAAGAAAAAUCACCACAUUCCAAGAAGAAACUAAACAAUUCAACAUUGGAUAGAUCAAGGUCAAGUUCUCCUGUAAAAAUAGAUUUCUCGGAGAGUUUGAAGUGGAGAAUCAAGCCAGUGAAGAGUUCAGGUUAUGGAAAACCAUUCAGCCCUCCAAAACCUCCCCGCACUCGUGAGCGAGACAUCCUCGGGUACUCUCGCACUCAGAAAGAAAGGGACCAAAGUUCUUCCCCUGCCGGAACCCCCACGCGUCCUGGCAGCGGUCGGCCAGAUGGCAAGGGCAAAGGUGUGCCAAGCGUGAAGUCUCUCAAAGGAAGGGAGUGGAGCCCAGCAGAGGUUGCUAGGCAGAAGGUUAAAGGGAGUCAGUCCACACAGCAGGUGAGACUGGGUACCGUGGCAACCAAUCAGCUUGAGGCGUCUGUAGAAAGCUUUGCUCAGUACAUUAAAGAGCACUUCUCCACCACCAAGGAUGUACCCGUGCCAGAGGUGAAAUACUCUGCAGACGAGCCAUCUGUGUCUGCCAGCUUUAAGGAGAAGGAGGCUCCAGAAGAAGACAGGGUCAAGGUCAUAGCUGACCUUAAAGAUGAGCUGGCCAGACAGGCCCGUAGCUUUGAGCGACAGUUGGAGCAGCAAAAACUGAGCUAUGAGGAACAGAUUGCUAAACUCAAUAAGGAGAUCUUUGUACUCAAAUCCAAGGUUGGUGAUGAGAAGAGCGGUAAUGAUGUGAGACAGAAGGUUCUGGCAGGGCAACCAGUGGAGGGGCUCACUGGGGACCAGCUACAAGGGCUGCAGAGGGAGCUCAGGGAACAAGAAACACUCAUUUCUGGGUAUCAGCAGGAAAAUAAGCGUUUGUAUGAGGAAAUACAGAACCUUCGAAAGCAGGGCAAGCAAAUGGAAGAGCGAAUGUUCCGGGAGAAUCAGAAACUGACGUCUGAGGCUGCAAAUCUCAGGGCCCUUUUGGAACGCAAGGAGGAGGAGUUGCUCUGUCGAGGGGCCAUCACAGGUCCAGGGGUGCAAGAAAGACUCAUAGCAGGGGACAAGGAAGGGGCCAUAACUCAUUUGGAAGACCAGCUAGCGCAGUCAAAGAGGACUGCAGACGCCCUGUCCCGUGAGAUGAACAUCGUGCACCAUUCCAAGGUAGAGCUGGAGAAGCACAUAGAGAAGCUGGUGUUUGAGAGAGAGCAGCUCACACAGGCACUGGAGGAGGGCAAGAAACUCAAGUCUGAGGAAGCUAGGUCCUUGGAGAAGCAGUAUGCAGGUGAGAUAGAGAAGCUGAAGGGCAAGCUUAAGUGGUAUGCAGAGAACCAGGAGCUACUGGAGCAGGGGACCAAGAAACUGAAGGCUAGAGACGAGGAGAUACACAAACUGAAGAUGCGCGUAGAGGAGCUGCAAACAGAGUCUGGAAAGCGAGUUGAGGACAGCAAGGUUCGUGCGAGGGAACGCGCUGCGGACGUCAAGAAAAUACAGGACCUUCAAAGACAGGUGAAAGAGAUGGAGGCGAUCCUGAAGAAGCGCAAUCCCAAUUCUCUGCCUUCACUGAUGAUGGCGGCUGCAGCAGCAGGGGAGACAACUGGUCCAGCUGGGAACAGCAACAACCGUAGUGCGUACACGGAGGUACUGGAGAGUCGAGUGGCCAAACUGGAGAAAGAACUGGAGGGGAAGGACGCAGAGACUGACCAGCUUGUGAGAUCUGUGGAGCAAAAAUAUCACAGCAUCAAGUGCCAGUUUGAAGAGCGCAUACAGGAGCUGGAGCACCAACUCUCGAUGUACCAGGGCGAGACGGAGCAUGCUCACCCGCACACCAAUGCCAUGGCCCUCGAGCGGGAGCUGGAGGGGGUGCGGGAGAGGUACAAGCAGACGGUCAAGCAGCUACAGGCAGAAGUGGACAGGCUGACUGCUGAGGUGGAAAAAGCAAAGAAAAUGGAAGAGAAAACUGCAAGCCAGAUUUCAAAGGAGAGUGAAUCAGAGUUGCGGGUCCUGGUGAAGUCUCUUCAGCUGGAGGUGGAAAGCAAGAAUCAUGAUAUGCAGGUUCUACAGAAAUCACUGGAGAGACUUCGCAAGGAGAAGCAGAUGUCCUUCACUCGGGAAGUUGGCAAACCAGGAAGAGGUCGUGGCAAGGGAGGUAAGCAGACAGACGAUGAGAUAGAGUUUGCCUCCCUUCCGACCCAGCCAACAGCAUCAGAGAAGACAUACGAUGCCAAGGUGUUUGAAGAUGUACACAUCUCAGACGUUAUCAAGGAAAACGAUGAUCUCAAAAUGAAGGUGGAUCGCCAGCACCUGCAGUUAGGGCAACAGCGUGUGGAGAUGCGUAAAGUGGUGGCAGAGAACGAGGCACUGCUGAGGCAGACUCGGGAAGCCUUUGACGAGAAACUCGAGCAAAUGAAGGCUGCACAUGAACAGGAAGUGAGCCGUCUGCUGGCCCAGAAUGCCCUGGAACAUUCCACGUCACGGUUGGCUGAACUGCAGACGCGUGUUCAAACACAGGAGGUGAUGAUCAAGCACCUGCGUGAACAGCAAGCAAGACUGGAGGUGGAGGCAGAGGCAGCGGCCGUGCUGCGUGUGAAGCAGACGAGAUUGGAGGAGACGCUCAAGUCACUGCACCGCGAACUCAAGGAGGCCAAGAAAUCUCACACUCCGGAGAUGCGGCAUUUCGAGUCCCUUCAAGAAAAGAUAAUCCAGAUAGAAACCAAACACUCGCAACGAGAGAAAGAGUUACAGGAUAUUAUUCGCAACUCCCGCCAGGCAGCGGCCAUCGAAACUGAAAAAGAGGUAGAAAGGUGGCGACAAUUGGUGGAAUCCAAGAACAAUGAAAUUCAACAAUUCCGCAUUGAACUGGACUCAAUACUUGAAGUACUUCGGGUCUUACAAAAACAGGGUGUAGUGUUGCCUGUGAACUCUGCUGUGAUAUCAUAGUUUUCCAGACAUGGAUUUAGUUUGUAGAUAGAAGAGAUAUAUUUAUUUGUGUAUACAGAUUAGUAAUGUGAUAUUAUUAAUUAUUGACGACAGGGACAGUGUGCCAAAUUCAUAUAUUGGAUUGCUGCUGAAUAUAUGGAUGUUUCACAAAUACUAGUUGUAUUCAGAUUAUCUGAAUGAUUAACUGAAAAAUUUACAACUUAUAACAUAAUUCAUCAGUUUAUUACAUUUCUAUUGUAUUGUUCACUGGUGUUUAGGUCAUCUUAAAAUUAGGACACUUACAAUUACUAUUUUACAAAUAUUCCUGGAAAUUGUCUUUCAAUGUUUGUUUUUUAGCAUACCCUUUUUGUAUAUUAAAUUCUAAAACUGA